AUUACAAACGUAGUAUCGCCUUCGUACUACAACACAACCACACAUUCAGAGAUAGAAAAAGAGAGCCCUCUAUGACUCUCUACCAGCUUCCGGGUAACUCUCAUAACGUUUUUUGUGCGCGGCACGGUCACACGUUCAGAGAUUCAAGUAAGAAAUUUUAAUCAAAAAAGAGGAAAAAAUGGGAAAAAGUAAAAGAAAACGUGAGCGAGAGGAAGAAAGAGAAGAACGGGAAAAGAUUUGGAAGAAGUUAAAAGGAUUAGAAUCGCUUUUACAUAAAAUUACAGGGACAAUAGUAAGCGAGCAAAACCACUCUGCUAACGAACAAUCUUCGAAUUCAGAGAGUGCAAGCGAGGGAAAUGGUACUGGAGAUCAGCUAAUCAAUAAUCCAGCCGAUAGCUUACCGACCCACCCUGAACCGCAAGAUAAUUCAAAUCUCACGCGACAGGGUACGCUAAUGGACACUGAGGAAAGAAAUAUGGCGGAAACAGAGAAGGUCGAUUCAUCAACCGAGGUAGAUGAGGAGACUCAACAUAUUUUAGGAAAGGACCCAAGACUUAAAAAUACAAAUAUAGCUUCAAUACACCCAGAAGUUGCAGCGAGAUGGUCGUCAUGGAUUCCAGAGGGUCUUGAAAAAGAGAUCAAGGAGAAUCUCAUUGCAGCUUAUCCACGAGCUGAAAACGUUCUGUUAGAACCCCAGAUUCUGAAUGAAGAAGUCGCCGUAAUAAUGCAACCAGCGGCAAAGAAGCGAGAUGAACAUGCUGUCGAAACACAGAAAUCAUUAGGUUCAGCUAUGAUAGCCCUAGGCCUGGGGAUUUCCUUAAUAUUGAAGGAAAGGUCAUUAAAGAUGAGCACAGGAAUCUGUUGUUAG